AUGUUACAGUAAAAAAGCUUAGAAAAACUGAUCAAUAAAAGUAUUCUUAUUCUAAUAGGUAAUUGUAAGAAAAAUAAUAAAAAAAAUUUGAAGAACAAUAAAAUUACACUAUUUAAGAGGAUAUGCAUUUUCAACUAGGUAUAUUCAUACUUAAAUUGCAAUUAUAGGAGGAGGGACAGCUGGAUUAAAUGUGGCAGCCCAAUUGAUAACAGAUGGACAUGCAAUUCCUUCGUAAAUUAGGAUAUUUGAA